CCAUAGUGACGAAACAUGAAGUGUUAUCCGCACCGUUUGUUGAUUUAGUAUAAAGCGCGAACGAAAACAUUAAAUCUUUUAAGUUUCACAGUCUAGGACGUUCAAAAGCGAUGGAUUCAGUUCUUCUGCACGGAGAAGCCGAAGGUUAUGUGCAGAGUCUGGAGAAGAUGGCAUUGCGCGACAUCGGAAGCCAAAGGUGGUUUCGCCAGCAUGAGUACAUCGAGAAGCUGAAUAUGCAAGCUAUUCUGAAUGCCAGUGCCAAUCAGGAGGAAUUCAUAAAAGACCUCUUUGUUUCUCUUGGAAAGAUACCCACACUGGUGCAUGCAAUGAUACUCACAAAAGUCUGGAAACAUAAAGUGUUUCCCAUAAUUUGCAAACUCCAGGACUUUAAUCCAAAGAGCACAUUUCUUCUCUACAUGGUGAUUCACCAUGAAGCUACCAUCAUAAACCUGCUGGAAACAAUCAUGUACCACAAGGAGUCCAGCGAGGCUGCUGGUGAUAGUGUGCUUGAUUUACUGGAUUACUGUCAUCGCAAACUCACGCUGCUGGCAGGACGCUCUGUUUCUAGACAGAUCCUGACGGAGGACCGAGUUACACACACACAGCAGUCAGACACUACAUCUUUACAGGAUCUGCAAAGACAAAGUGACAUGUUAGAGUUUGAAAUCUCUGUCAAGGCUCUGUCAGUAUUGUGCUCCAUCACCGAUCACAUUGAGAGUUUGAGUGUGAGUGUGCUCUCGAGGAUGCUGUGCACUCAUAAUAUGCCCUGUGUGCUGGUACAAUUGGUGGAAAAUUGCCCCUGGAACAGAGUCUUUUUCUCUGGUGUAGGAACACUGCAGAAAUACACAGAGGGGAAGUGGAGAACCGUCCUGCCUGAAGAUCAGCUAAAGCUGAGUAAACACGACGGCCAGGUGUGGAUGGCUUUACUGAACCUGCUCCUCAAACCAGACUGCCAGAGGAAAUAUGAUUUCAAUAGCUUUAACAAAACACAGCUCUUAAAGCUUCGUGGGUUUCUGACAGACGUUGUUAUAGAUCAGCUACCGAAUCUACUUGAUCUCAGGCAUUUUCUCAGUCAACUCGCUGUCACAGAUCCAGCGGCCCCUAAAAAAGGUCUCAUCUUGGAGCAGGUGCCAGAGAUAUGGAAUGAUAUUGUAACGGAGAACAGCAGCAAGUGGAAAGCCAUUGCUAAACACCAAGUGACACAUGUUUUCAACCCCUCUGAAAGUGAAUUAAGAGAGCAAGCUAGCAGGUUGGCUCAAACAUAUAAUCUAGAUGUGAUGGAGAAUCUAAUCCCAGACAAACCCAAGUGUGGAGCAUGUGGAAGAGUGGGCGCAAAACGCUGCUCCCGCUGUCAGGGAGAGUGGUAUUGCAACAGAGAGUGUCAGGUGAAACACUGGCCCAAACACAAGCCUGCAUGCAAACUCAUGGCAGAGGCCAUAGAUAAACCUCAGGAGGAACUGAACAUCAGCAGCUGAAGUACAUCUGGGAGAGGGUCAUGCUGUGGGGAUCCGAGUCCACUAUGAACUGUCCAAUUGAAUGGACACUGAUGGAAAAGGGCAAAAAGAUGCAACUGUUCCUGACUGUUUCUUUCUUGAGCUGUUGUCUUGGUAUAUUGAGUAGAUCAUUCUUGUUCAUAUAUGUUUAUAAGCAUGAUUACAUAUGACAUAAUUGAUUUAUAUUUAUACAUGUUUAAUAACCGUUACACUAUAACCUUUAAAUGAAAAAUGCAAUUAUACUGAAUUAACUGCUGAAAAUACAUGCAAUCCCUUAGAUUUUCACUGAUUAAACUAUAUCGCAUCUGUUGUAAA